AUGUCACAAAACACGUCUACGAUUCCUGUCACAACAGAGAAGACAUUCAGCAACUACAAUCAGGAGCAAGGAAAAGCUUACGCUCAAGGCCGUCCUGACUAUCACCCCAAAGUAUAUCAGUAUGUCAUUGAUAUUCAUACCUCAACCGGUGGUCAAUUCGACACUCUUCUCGACGUUGGAAGUGGCCCUGGAAAUGCCGCUCGAGCGCUGAGCUCACACUUCGCCCAUGCUACUGGUCUCGAUCCGUCCGAAGGAAUGGUAGUCACCGCCCGCUCUAUAGGUGGCGUCACAUCGACCUCCGAACCCAUUCGUUAUGAGGUUUCCACUGCUGAACAUCUCGGUACCAGUCUAUCACAGCAGCCCAUUCAAGAUAAAAGUAUCGACCUGAUCACAGCCGCCAAUUCCGCGCACUGGUUCGAUAUGUCCCAGUUCUGGCCAACAGCUGCCCGCGUCCUCAAGCCCGGUGGUAGUGUCAUUAUGUGGACGACUGGCAAGACAUGCAUUCAUCAUUCUGUCCCGAAUGCGGCUGCCAUCAACUCUGCUAUGGAUCAUCUAGAAGAAACACUACUGAAACCCUUCAUGGCUCGUGGUAACUUCAUGACCCGGAACCGCUAUCUUGACCUCCCCAUGCCGUGGGAUUUGGAACACCCUGUGCCGGGAUUCGAGGAAGCGGAGUUCGUCAGGAAGGAUUGGGAUGCUUCUGAGCAAUUCCUUGCUCAUCAGCCGGAGGUGAAAUUGGAUCUUAUGGAGAAGAUGUUUGAGACCAUGAGUCCUGUUGUUCGAUGGAGGGAGGCGCAUCCGGACACGGUCGGGACUGAGGAUGAUAUUUUGAAGAUCUAUCGGAGGACAAUUGAGCGACUUCUUCAUGAGGCUGGGGUUGAGAAGGGAAAAGAGAGUUUCAAGGGAGCCAUGCAGGCCGUGGUACUGGUUGUCAAGAAGAGUUCGAAAUAG